AGUUAAAGACGUGGUUUGCUGACAAGACGUUCUCGAAACACAUUUCGCGGGUUUUCGAAAUAAUACACAACACAUUACAAUAUACAAAAACAGUUUUUAAAAUUUAGUUCAUAAUAAUUGAAAAUUUGGACGUAAAUAAAUUGCGGACCGAAUAUGGACACGGACAGUGAGCGCGAGCGAAGUAGUGAUCCCAAUCUAUUGACCAGCAGCGAUAAUCAUACAUUUCAUGACGACGAUGAUGAUGAUGAUGACGACGAUGCUGACUCUUCAGCGCCAGAAUAUGGCGAGGAUAUUGGUGAUAUGAGAGACAUUGAUUUCGGUUCCAUCAGUGAUGUCGUGACGCACGCCGGUAGUGAUGUAUAUGACAUUGAUGAUGACGAUGACGAUGAUGAUGAUGACAACGAUAAUGGACGCACUGAAAGAACAUGUCUUUUAGUUUCAGACGCUUAUAAAGUACGCCGAAAUAGACGUCCGAGGAGUAGGCAGCACGUUAAACGAAGACUACAGCAAUCGCUUGAACGUGAGACGACAAUCUCACUUAAUACGUCCAAGAUAAGGAAUUACAAUAAAAGCAUCAAGACAACAGGAAAAUAUACUUCGGAAGAGGACGAAGAACAGGUACCGCUGAAACAAAGCAGCUGUGAUGAAAGGCAAUACGAGCAGUCCGAAACCGAUUUAGGCGAGUCUGUUGGCGCAAAAGAGACCACAGAUAGUUAUGAAUCGGCCGAAGUUUAUACCGUAAAAGUUAUAAAAAUUAGUGGCAAUCUAGGUGAUAGCUCCGAAGAGGACGGAGACAUCGACGAAGAACCCUUUAAGAGUCUAGACGCUCCUGAUGACGAUACCAGAAACUUCGACGAAACCAAAUCAACAGCCCAAGUAGAAUUAAAUGUUCAGCCAUCAACACUUGUAUGCGGUGCCAUACAAGCGUCUGCAGAAAUCGAUGCUAAAUAUAAUGAACGCGGUGCCUUUUUAGAAGAGCAAACAGAUUGCGCUGUGCCGACGGCUGCUCAUGCAAGUUUUGAAUUGUUUGAAGAAGAAAUCGCUGAUAUAAAUACUAAAGUAAUAAAAGAAGAAUCUGCAAGCGACAUACGCGAGGAGAACGUAAAUAUCAAGGAUUACCAACUAGAAGAGUUUCCAGAAAUAGAACAACAUUCGGUGCUAGUGUCCGACAAAAACGUCAACGACGAAGGUGACAACGACUGUUGCGGCGGUGACGACCUCAAAAGUUCGCAAUGCUUAACUACACCAGCCGAAGCAAACGCAAUCAACAACGAGAACAACACGUCUACUAUAAACAUCGGCAGCGUCUUGGCGGACGAAGAGAAUUGGCGCGAUAGUGUACGCGAAUCGAUAGAGUGUUACUACUCGGCACAGGAUCUGCUAGAGUACGGACAUCUCUUGAGUAGUGGCCUUAAAACACCAGACAUUGAGUCUGGUUAUUUUGAAAAGUCCGAAUCGGAUAUAUCACGUGAUGAGAACGAAGUGUAUACGAAUAAUUUAAGCAAUAGGAUAAGAGAACGCUCAUUUUCGAAAUCGUAUAAUACACAAUUAACCAAUAUGUCGGAGAGUUUACGUUUCGAAUUGAAUCGUUUUAAAACGAUGAUCGAAUCGAUCGAACGUGAACGCAUUUAUGGCCAAACGCCGCAAACGAAACAAAACACGUUCGAGUCGGUUACAAAAGCCGAAGAGAGUUAUAAUGUUGAUAUGGAGGCCGAAGUAACGGCAGCGGCCGAUGCGGUUGCGGAAGCGAUAUCAAUAACAGUUAUCGGUGCCGAAACUGUCGAAACGACCAACGCGAUGGAUGUGGAUGAGGAGGAAGAGAUGGAUGUGGAGGGUGCUGUGGGCGGCGACGAUGAUACACGUGGCUAUUGGUCUACGGUUUUCGGACAAGCCAGUCAAAUAGAGGAGACCACGCCGGAAAUGACGCUUGACGAACGCUUUGCCGAUAUACAAAAAGCACAUCGUGCCCUUGAAUUAUUGGAGGAUUAUCACUCGAGACUAUCAGAGCCGCAGGAUCGUGCACUGCGCAUAGCCAUCGAACGGGUGAUACGGAUUUUCAAAUCACGCUUAUUUCAAGCCUUAUUGGACAUCCAAGAAUUUUAUGAACUAACACUGCUGGAUGACUCGAAGACAAUACAGCAGAAGACAGCGGAAACACUGCAAAUCGCUAGCAAAUGGGAACAGGAUGGUCAUGCAAUAAAAAUCGCUGAUUUUAUGAGAAAUUUUAAUCGAAAUUAUGCAUUUGCCACGGAACCAAUAUCCGAUCCCAAACAAUUACAUUCGAUAAUUCCGCUCGGCGAUGACACCGGUGUGGAUGAGUUGCUGUUGAAUCAGCGCAUGAAAGUCGAUGGCGACGCCGACAUUCCCAAAGAGAGUGCGGGAGUUAGCGCUAGCGGUACUGGUGCAAGUGAGGGCGGCAGCAGCAGUGCCGCAAAGGCGGCGGCCCGUUCGCCUGAAUCGGCGCCCUAUCAUAACCGGCAGCAACAGCAGCAGCAGCAGCAACAGCCCAAUACCAAUGUGGACACUGUGAGCAGCGAAGCUAUACACAGAGCGUCAUCGACGAAGGUGAACGGUGAUGAGAGCUGGCAAUAUGAGGAUAUUACAUUGGAGCGUGGCAAUUCUGGUCUAGGUUUUUCGAUUGCCGGCGGCACAGACAAUCCACACAUCGGCACGGACACCUCCAUUUAUAUAACGAAAUUGAUACCGGGCGGUGCCGCCGCUGCCGAUGGACGUUUAUGCAUAAACGAUAUCAUUGUGUCGGUGAAUGAUGUGUCUGUGGUGGAUGUGCCGCAUGCAUCCGCUGUGGAUGCGCUGAAAAAAGCUGGCAAUGUGGUGAAAUUGCAUGUGAAAAGAAAACGUGGCGGUGGCGGUGGUGCUGCUGGCGGUGGUGGUGGUGACGCUACUGCCGCCACAUCGGCCACAUUGCCACGUAGUGCUGCCGCCGCCGCUGCAGCUGCAGCUGCUGCUGCUGCCGGUCCGAAAGUGGUCGAGAUCGAUUUGGUGAAGGGUGGCAAGGGUUUGGGCUUCUCCAUAGCCGGCGGUAUUGGUAAUCAACAUAUACCGGGCGAUAACGGUAUUUAUGUAACGAAAAUCAUGGACGGUGGCGCCGCUGCGGUCGAUGGACGCCUCUCGAUUGGCGAUAAGCUGAUUGCGGUGCGCACAAAUGCGGCCGAAACUAAUCUGGAAAAUGUAACACAUGAGCAAGCGGUCGCCACACUCAAGUCAAUUACGGACAAAGUAACGUUGAUCGUUGGCAAGACGCAGCACUCAGUCAGCUCAUCACAGCCACAAUUUGCGCCGAUUAAUUCGCAUUCAACAGAACCAGCAUCUAGGUAUGCGUCAUCGAAUGUGCUGGCCGCCGUGCCACCCGGAACGCCACGUGCCGUCAGCACUGAGGAUAUUACACGUGAACCGCGCACAAUCACCAUACAAAAGGGUCCACAAGGUUUGGGCUUCAAUAUCGUCGGCGGCGAGGAUGGUCAGGGUAUAUAUGUGUCAUUUAUACUGGCUGGCGGACCCGCUGAUGCUGGCGGCGAGCUGAAACGUGGCGAUCAGCUCUUGAGCGUCAAUAAUGUCAGCUUGAAUAAUGCAACACACGAGGAGGCCGCUCAGGCGUUGAAGAGUUCCGGUGGCGUUGUCACAUUGGUCGCUCAAUAUCGCCCCGAGGAGUACAACCGCUUUGAGGCGCGCAUACAGGAGCUGAAACAGCAGGCUGCGCUCUCGGCCGGCGGUACGGGCACACUGUUGCGCACCUCACAAAAGCGUUCGCUGUACGUGCGUGCGCUCUUCGAUUACGAUCCGAAUCGUGAUGACGGACUGCCGUCGCGUGGUCUGCCCUUCCGCCAUGGCGAUAUAUUGCACGUGACCAAUGCGUCCGACGACGAGUGGUGGCAGGCACGACGCGUGCUCGGCGACAGCGAAGACGAACAAAUCGGUAUUGUGCCAUCGAAACGACGAUGGGAGCGAAAGAUGCGCGCACGCGAUCGCAGUGUUAAGUUCCAAGGUCAUGCCGCUACCAAUAAUAACCUGGACAAGGUCAGUAAUGAGCAAUCGACGCUCGAUCGAAAGAAGAAGAAUUUCACAUUUUCACGAAAAUUCCCGUUCAUGAAAAGUCGCGAUGAGAAGUUGGGCGAAGACGGCAGUGAUCAAGAGCCAAACGCAAACGGAGUUGUAAACAGCAAUAGUGAACUUGAUGUUAACAAUGUUAACAACAAUGAUUCAAAUGAACCGCAACCUUUUAUGCUUUGCUACACACAAGACGAUGCCAAUGCUGAAGGAGCCGAAAUUAUCUACCGUGUGGAGUUGCCAGACAUGGAGCAGAUAACACUAAUCUAUUUGGAGAAUAGCGAUGCUGACUAUCCAUCCGAAGAGAAUGUGCUCUCGUACGAGGCCGUACAACGGUUAUCCAUUAACUAUACACGACCCGUAAUUGUGCUCGGCCCAUUGAAGGAUCGCAUCAAUGAUGACUUGAUAUCGGAGUAUCCCGAGAAGUUCGGCUCCUGUGUGCCACACACGACUCGGCCGAAGCGUGAUUACGAGGUGGAUGGUCGUGAUUAUCAUUUUGUUUCGUCACGUGAGCAAAUGGAACGCGAUAUACAAAAUCAUCUGUUCAUCGAAGCGGGCCAAUACAAUGACAACCUCUAUGGCACAUCGGUGGCGAGCGUACGCGAAGUUGCGGAGAAGGGUAAACACUGCAUUUUAGAUGUCUCGGGCAAUGCCAUUAAGCGGUUGCAAGUCGCUCAACUAUAUCCAAUUGCUAUAUUUAUCAAACCGAAAUCGGUGGACUCAAUAAUGGAAAUGAAUCGACGCAUGACGGAAGAGCAAGCGAAGAAAACUUACGAACGUGCGAUUAAAAUGGAACAAGAAUUCGGCGAAUACUUCACAGGUGUGGUCCAAGGCGACACCAUCGAAGAGAUCUACAGUAAAGUCAAAGCGAUGAUCUGGUCACAAUCAGGACCAAUCAUUUGGGUACCAUCCAAAGAAUCUCUAUGACCAACAGCCACGACGACAUGGACACUGCCGCCUCGAGUACGCUGUCGACCAGUCUCGAGAUCAACAACAAAUCAACAUCAACAGCAAACGCACUGAUUUUGAACGACAUUGAUGGAACACGAUGUCGCCAACAACAACGACAACACACACACACUCACAACACGUAACCGAAACGCAGCCGAUGAUUCACGUGGAUGCGUUAUGCAAAUGAGCUAAAGCAAGCGAAUACAAAAUAGUGGACAGACACACACACACACGCGGCAUACAAACUUCAAUCUUCGCAGAAUCAUGUCACACCCACGCGCAAAAUGUCACCAGCCUUAAGCAAAUAUAUACCAGCUAAAAGCAAGCAAGGUCUAUCAGGCCUCGGUGACGCAAUAUGGCUGGUGUUUCAGUCUGUACUGUCAAUGUGUGUGUGUGUGUGUGUUUGUGUGGUUGCCUAUUUGCAGUCGGUUGCUUACGUCGUUGAUGCGACCGCGCGUUUUGAAGAAAAAAGUGGAGAAAAUAUGAAACUAAAAACACUAUAGAAGAAAUAUGUUGUAGCUAAUAAAGAGAAAACAACAAAAACAAAAACAAAUAAUAAUAAUGAAUAGGCAUAAGUCAGGCUGCGACUACUCUACUACAUAUAUAUUGAUAAUGAUGAUGAUGAUGAUGGUGCAUUUGUUGUUUGUUUGUUACCGCUAGCAAUUAAAAAGAAAUUCGAUAAUCGUUUAAUACAUAUAUAUGUGUGUAUAUAUAAAUAUACAGCUGCAUAUAUAAAAUUAUAUAUAUAUAUAAAUAAUUAGUAACGAAGCAGAAAUUUAAUAAAAUUGUAAUGCAUAUGAGUACACACACGCUCUUCAUACAUACAUAUAUAAAGAAAUUGCAAAUUCUACACGCAUACAUACAUAUAUAAAUACCGACAUAACUACUUGCAUAUAUCAUACACAAAAACAAUAAUAAAAAUAAUAAGAAAUCAAUUGCAAUGAGAGCAGCAACUAGAAAUUGCGCAAAGGAGACGUCAGAAAAUAACGAAAUGCAAGCGCAAGCAAGAGCAUGUAAUAAAUGCCGCACACAAAGUAAAUAAGUUAAAAUUAUAACCAGUGCCGAUGAACAAACUCGCUUACAUAUGUACAAUAGGCAAUGCAGCAAUGACUAAAAACCGUUGAAGUGAAGUUAAAGUUGAAGAAAUAUAGCGAAAAAUAGCGUGCGAAGAGAGUUAGCAAAACCUAACCUAAAAAUUGCAAAUUUAAAUUUGAGAAAUGCGUAGUUAAAGUGAAAAAAAUUUAAGAAUUGUUUUAUUAACGUUAUAACGUACAAUAAUUUAUUUAUAUUACAUAUAAAUAUAUAUACAAAUCUAUAUAUAAAAACCUUAUAAGCAAAAAAAAAGUAAAGUAAAGUGAAGCAGAAUUGUUAAAUGCGGUGUAUGUUGAAAAAAUAACUGUAUUUGUCAUAAACAAUUGUAUGUAACAGCAAAAUGCAGCAAAACUACAACAAAAUAUUUUAUGUAAUAAUUACGCAUAUAAUUUUUUAUUAUUUACUCUUAGUGUUAACAACAAUUUUACUUUCCUACAAACUGUCACAAUCUGAGUUGAUAUUGUCUCAACGCUAGUGUAGCAAUAAUAAUAACAACAACUAUGUAUUGAAAAACAAGAGAGAAACAGUGCAAACAAUUGUUUGUGUUUUUAUGUUAAAUAUUUUGUAUGUGUUGUAUGCCGCUAAAAUGGUUUUUUUUUCGAGUUUAAAAAUAGCUACUUUACUUUUAUGACACACUGUAAGCGUGCAAACUGCAAUUUUGUUGUUGUUGCAUGCAUAAGGCUCAUAAUUUGUUUAAUAUUUAUUUGUAUUUGUAUUUGUAUUGCUCAGUUGGUUAUAUAUUUUGAAAAAAGUUAGAAUUUACACCAACAACAUUACUUUAAGCCUUGUAAAUGUGCUUAUGCAAAGAGGCAUAGUCAAAAUAGUGAGGUUAAAUUCGAAUAUGCUACUUAACUACAUACACGCACACAUACAUACAUACAUUAAACUAUAUUACUUUUAUUUAUAAUUUACCAUUUACCACUCUGUUUUACGAGUUUACGUUAAACUUUUACACACUUACAACAACUACAUAACUGUUCUUUAUUAUUUUUAGGUUAUGUUACACUUUAAUUUAAGCGCUUAAUUUAAAGAUAUUUUACAUUUUUGUUGUAAAGCUGUCACUGACCACCAACCAACUGGGCGGCUUGCAUUGUUUUCACACUUAUUUAAUCCUUUAACAACUGCUUGCCUCUCCGUAACGGCUGCAGCACACGCGCCAUAAGCGCCCACUCACAGCAGUGCCAGCGGCGCGGCGUUGUUGUUUGUGCGUGUUUGUGCAAAAGCGAACAGCUUCAAACCCUAUUAGUCCUAUGCAUACUACUAUUGUAUACAACAGCAACAAAAACUACAAAUACUAUUAUUAUAUAAAUUAUUACUGCUACUCCGCUACACUACUUAUUGUUCAAGUAUAUGUGUGUGUGUGUAAUGUUAAUGUUUCUUUCUUAUUCUAGUUAAAUAUUAUCUUUGUCUUAUAUUUUAAUUAUUAUUAUUUUUAUUUAAAAACUAUUGUACAAGUUAUUACAAGCACAUAUAGUGCGUACUCAACAUACAUGCAUACUUAAUAGUAAAACACAAAACACAACAACAAAAAAUAACAUAAAAAACAAGAAAAUUAAGCAAAAAUAUGCAAACUUAACAAUAACAAGAACAAAAAAUACUUUUUUUCAACGAAUAUCUAAACUAAAAUGCGUUAAGUGCAAGAACAAGAGCGUAAACAAUAAUACAGAAUUUAAGUAAACAAUUUAACUUAAUUAAAUCGUUUCAUUUUUAUUCAAAAAAUAAAAAAACACAAUAUUGUUUUAUUUGCUUUAUAUAACUAGUAUAUUUUAGUUUCAAAUACACGAAAACAGUUGGAAGUUAUAAUAAAAAACUGCACUCAAUUGCUGCCAAUAGCAAUUUCAAACGUAAAUUACACCAUUUCGCAUUUUUGUAAAGAAACUUGAAUGCGAAAUUUUCCAUUUUAUGCCUACCAAAGCAGCACUCUCCGUAUUACAAGCGAAUUUUACUCUAUACCCGGCAACAAUUUUUAAGUUUCCUAUGAACAGUUAGCAAGCCACGACCAUGCACUUUCAAUUGACACCUGUUUCAUUGAAAUCGGUUGAGAUUUGUCCGAGUUAUGCGUAAAAACGUUUAAAUAGCUCAUUUAUUAGCAAAGCAGCUAAUUUAGCCGAGACACACACCACACGUGCUCGCAUGCGAUUUCUUGCGUUUACAAUUUUGCCGACAUGCACCAGGCGCGCAGCAGUGCCAAGUAGGUGGCUGCUGCAAAAAUAUGUCGAAAAUUGUAGCAUGCUUUUAGGCGUCCCAUGAGAGCUGUACGCAUAAUUGCUGUUUGUACUGUACUCCUUAGUACAUUACUAUAUCGUGCAGCUUUUUAAGCAUAACUUGCGUUUUCCUGCACGGAUUUUGCUGAUUUAAACGGCAAAUUAAAGCGCAUGUGAACACAAAUUGAUUUAGAAUAUUAACAAAAAUUUCUAGGAAAUUAGUGGCUGCGUAUUUUUUGUGAAUUUAUGCCGGAAACAAUAAGGCAGCGCAAAUAUGAAUUAUGUUUUCUUAAACUUACCAUUUUUAACUGAAACAACAAGUUUUGCAUUUAUGUAGGUUUGGUGCAUGAAUUUUAAUGUGUAUUAGUAAAAACUCUUGCAACAUGUUUCUACAGAGUAUAAUAGUUUUUUCUUAAUUUGUAUAAAGUUGAACUGAAAUCAAUUCGAAGCCAUACUUACCUGAGAAAUUGAAGCAUUGCCGCAAUUUUUCCACUACCUUGGUUCCAUAAUAUGAUACAACGGUUAUAUGCAUGGCACUGCUGUUGCCAAAUACAAUAUAUUGCCUGCUUUAAGGAUUUUAAAGGCUGCAAGAAUUGUAAAGAAAGCCUUUAUUUGGUUAUGCCUGCUUUUUGUUGCUAUAAUGUUCAAGGAAAAUGCAUUGUGAGCGAACGUUGUUAUAUACAUACAUAAGCACUGGGUAUAGUCUAUUUACCAUAUAUUGAUAUAUAGUGGCCGAGCUUCUCCACGUCUCUCCACACAGCUGAAGGUGAGUGAGGUUUGUUGUGUCAGUAAUAUCCGCAGUGGUCGCUAUUAGAAGAACAAUUUUUCUAUUUUCCAAUUAUGACACGGUCGGUUUUAUGUAAGCAUUUAUACAUACAUAUAUCUAUUAUUAUACCCUGAACAGUUCCAUUUUUUUAUUAUAUUUCUCAAAUUUAUAUUUUUGUUUUUUUUUUGUUUUACUUUUUUAUUUUGAUUUGUUUUUGUGUCUUUUAAUAAUAAAUUUUAUUGCAUGUUCUUUUAAUUCGAUUAUAUAAUUAUUUUCUGACACAACUACAUACAUUGAUCAGGGAAUUCUGUGUUUGCCACGAAAUUUUUAAUGCUCAGCAGAAAACAUUGGAGAUGCAUGACGAGCUGAGUCGAUUUAGCCAUGUUGGAAUGCCUGUUGAUAAGCGAACUCAGUCCUACGUUUUUGAGUUAACGUUUUGCAAUUUUGCAUAUGUCAUUUUGGCCGCAAGAAGCUGCUCAUUUGUCAGAAUCACCGAUAUCGGAGCACAAUAGCAUAUAGCUAUUGCCAGUCAUACCAACUGAUCGAUUAAAAAUCAGUCCUUGUAUGAAAAACUUUUUUAUUUGACGAGAUAUCUUCAUGAAAUUCGGCAUGGAUUAUUGUUUAAGGCAAUUGUAUAAUAUCUGAAGAAAUUGUUCAAAUCGAACUGCUAUAGCACACAGCUGCCAUACAAGCUGAUCCAUUAAAAUCAAGAUACAGAUUUUUCCAUACACUUUUAUGCUAUAAGAAACACAUUUGUAAAGGUUUUGCUCUUAUAGCUUCAGUGCCGCCGAAGUUGGCGUUUUAUUUUGUUUUUACGUACCAUAUACAUACAUACAUAUGUACCAUAGUACAGAAGUUUUUACAAAGAACCGCAUAGUGUCUUUGGAAUCAAAUUGGGCACAUUUACAACUGUCUGUCCGGAGUCAUGCGAAAAUGUGACACACAUGCUCUAACAAUCUUCUAUAUUGGCGUAGACACCGCUUACGCGGCAAAUAACGGUAUUUUUAAAUAAUUAAUAAAAAAGAAGUACAAUAUCUAUGUAACUAAGAACUUCAAUAGCUGAGAUAUGGCAAAAAAAUAUGUUGAAAUUGGAGCUGUGCUGAAAUUUUCUGGAAAUAUCUUUUUAUAUUACAAAGCAUUCUAUAUUUUUGUUGUUAUGUGGAAUUAAUUAGUACAUAUAAGUAAAUUUUUAGAUUACAAAAUAAAUAAAAUUAAUUUUUUAUUUUAUUUACAGUUAAUUUUAUGUAUACUUUUAUAUUGUUUUAUUAUUAUUUUUUCAAAAAAAUAUUAGCUUGCACUUCUCACAAACAACAACAACAAAAAGCAGAUCUUUAAAUACAUUCACACAGAGCAUACAUAUGUACAUACAUACAUUUAUGGGUACACACAAGCAGUAGUAAGAAUUUCCAUUCAGAGUAAAGUUACGUAUACGCAGUGUUGCUCGCUGUUGCUUUAAAAGCAAGCCUCACGUAGAGCAUACGCUGUGUGUGUGUGUGUAUGAAAAUAGUGUAAAAUGGACUAUGUCGAACUAUGCCGAAAAAAGGUGGCUAACCCCAACGCAAAAAUCGAUUUAGGUCAGUUUUUAAAAAAUAUCAAUUAUACCAAUGAAACGGUGACUUGGCUAUGUUUAUGGACGAAUGCGAGAAUUUUAUCAGCAAAGUUAUAUAUCGUCAGCUAAAAUGCAAAAUAUUGUAACAUCACUCAUAUUGAAACAAAUUUGAGUUUUGGUUAUGUAAUGGUUAUAUAUCGGAUAUAUUACGGUUAUAAAAUGGUUAUAUAUUGGACAACGGCAGCUUAAAAGUUUAUGCUACUUUGUAAUAUGAUGUACUGAAUCGCAAGCAAUAAAAACGCAAUUUCGAAUUCGAAAACGAUGAAAGAAUAUAUACGAAUAUGUAUAUCGCUGUUAUAUGUGAUACAUGAGCUCAACUGAGUUGUUUGUGGCAACAGUAUUCAGGCCAUACGAAAUCGAUUCAACUUGAUAUCUGUUUACGAGGGGUUAAAUAUGAUGCUAGGCGCAUGGAAAACGUAAACAGAAUGUGCUAUUGUGACGUCACUGCACGGCUGAUAUUGUCAAAAACACAAAUAAUAAAUUAACAGUACGCUAAGGUGGUCAAACGCAAACUUCUCUGAAUCAAUACUAUAAUAUAGCAUUUAUAGCACAGGAGAAGAGUUACUAGAAACAAAAUUUAAAAAUCAAAAGCUACAAAGAAGACGGGGCAGUCUAUACCCAGAUAUCUAUGGCAGCUGUUUUCUGAGAAAAUUGAAAAGUUCAAUAUCGAUAACGGUAAAUUUUGAUUGAAUAUUUUUGGACUACACACAAAACUUGCUAUACAUAAACACACACACGCUUCAAAUACUUUCAGAAAUUUAGUUUCGAAAUAAAAAAAAUGUUAAGUUAAGUUUUCUACACAUAAAAGACCGGGAAAGCUGUUGCAACAACUAGCAUAUACAUUAGGGUGCUUCAAAAAAAAGUUUUGUCGCAGAAAUUUUGAAAAGUCAAAUUUCUGAAUAUACAUAUGUAUGUACAUAUGAUGGUUAUUUUUGAAACGAAAAUUAAUUGGUGAAAUUUUAGUUUGAAUGAAAAAACGAAAAUUCCUGUGUUAAACGUAAGGAAAAUAAAAAAAAAGCGAUCCCUUCGAGUUAAGCUACAGCGCCUGGUUUGAGGGUGGAUUUUUGUUUUGUGACUCUAACAUCACUAACAUUUGAGGGGCUAAGGUUGAAAAAAAGUAAAAUUUUUUUUUUGAAGCACCCUAAUAUACAUACAUACACGCGAGUAUAUGAAAACGAAGGAACUAAUAAAUUAAUGAACUAUGCAUACCAUUCUUAUGAAAAACUGCAAAUAUACAUUAUGUAGCGAAAAAUGCAAGUAUAAUGUAAAAAAUUGUAGUCAUUGUGCCGGCAAGACACGAAGAAAAAAGAAAAAAAAUAAAUAAAUAAAAAUCAUUUAUUAAAAAAAAAAAAAAAAUAGAAACGAAUAAAAAACAAUUAAAAAUUAUUUAUUGCAAAAAAAAAAAAAGAAAAUUAAAUCGAUUUCUAAACUAAACUGAUUAAAGACAUACAUACAUGUGUAUAUAUGGUAGCAAUGUGUAUAAGUAGGCAACAUAAAUUCUAUUGUGAGAAUUGCUAAAUAAAUAAUUAGGCAAAAUUCAAUAAUGAGCUAAUAAAAAAAACUUCAAAAAUGGUUACCUAAACCACGUGUUUAGACCAGACUACUACAUUAAAAAUAAAAAUUUUUCAAAGCAAACAAUUUUUUGAUAACUAAUACCUAUGAAUACUUACAAAAUACUCUUCAAUCACACAUCGUCACCUAAAAUGCAAAAAAACUACCAUAAAAAGUCAAAAUUGAGUUUUUUAUUUCCUUACGAUCCACUACUCCACUACAUAUUUAUAUGUAGCAUUAAAUUUUUAGCCGAUUGAAACCAAUCAAUUUGAGUUUUGGUUAUAAAAUGGUUAUAUAUUGGUUAUACCGCUGUCAGAUGUAACCAAUAUAUAUAAUAUAUAACCAUUUUAUAACCAAAAGUCAAAUUUUGUUUCAAUAUGAGUGGUUUCUAUUAUACCGUUUUCCUUCGCUGUCAACUCAGCAACUCAUGAAAAGUGAUGUUACGUAAUUUUGCAUUUUAGGUGACGAUAUAUACCAAUUAUUUCUUAAUAUUAGAGUACACACAUCUUGUCACAUUAAAAUAAAUUCAUUAUAACACACCCUCUCAUCCUCACACUAACAUUUCUUCUUCUUCUUCUUAAUUGGCGUAGACACCGCUUACGCGAUUAUAGCCGAGUUAACAACAGCGCGCCAGUCGUUUCUUUCGCUUUCGCCAAUUGGAUAUUCCAAGCGAAGCCAGGUCCUUCUUCACUUGGCCUUUCCAACGGAGUGGAGGUCUUCCUCUUCCUCUGCUUCCUCCGGCGGGUACUGCGUCGAAUACUUUCAGAACUGGAGUGUUUUCGUCCACUUUUUCAAGACUCUAUAUCGUAUUAACUUUUAAACAAACCUAAAUACCGUAAACUUAAAAACACGACACGAAGAAAAAAAAGCAUAUUAUUUUACUAGAAGCUAUUUUAACAUUUCAACUAAGCACAGAAGUACAGAGAAUAAGACCAGCAGUAAAUUGUUCAAAUGAAUAAAAUGGUUUAAUUUAGACACGUCUAUCUGGAUUUUCGUCCGACAAGACAAUAACUUUAGCAAACAAUAAAUUAGCCGGAAUUACUACAGCAGUGGAGGGCUUUGUUUCUCUGCUCUGUCGCAGAUCGCGUGUAACUCGAAAAAUUUUACUGUUUUAAAACAGUUCAAUUUCGUUUUUUAAUUAUCAAAAAUCGUGUUUUCGCUCUGUUUCAAGUCCUCCUGUGAGAUUUUGUGGUCCUUCUACACCUGGUCGGAGUGGCGAUCUUCCUCUUCCUGUGCUUCCCUCGGCGGGUACUGCGUCGAAAAAUUUUAGAGCUGGAGUGUUUUCGUCCGUUCGGCCGAUGUCGCUUAAUGCGCUGAACUAUAUCAAUGUCGUCGUUAUCUCGUAGAGUUCAUCGUUCCAUCGACUGCGCUAUUCGCCGUUGCCGUAGAUGUUGCCAUCGUCCAUGCCUCGUUCACUAUCAGACCCAUUUGCGUCGCUUCCUUAUUCAGUUCAGUAUUCAACAACGGCGCGGUUGUUAUGGCCAAUGAUAUCGAUGUCUCUUGUAGAAGAUUUUACCUUCUCUAUUCAGCUCUGAAGCUCGAAUUAUUUUCUCCAGCAGUAGAUUGAAGACGUCGCACGGUAGGCAGUCGCUUCGUAUGGUAUCGAACGGCUCGGAGAGGUCUUUCCCGAUCCUGACGGAGCUUUUGGUAUUGCUCAGAGUAUUCGUUUUGCGGGGAUAUCAAAUACAGACACAGCUGCAUAAAGAGGCUCCUCUUUGUGCUGUCGAAAGCAGCUUUGAAAUCGACAAAGAGGUGGGUGGUGUGUCGAUUAUCUUUUCAUGGGUCAGUUGUUAAUUUUCCAGGCCUAAAGCCACAGUGAUAAGGUCCAAACAGUUUGUUGAAGGUGGACUUUAAUCUCUCACACAACACGCUCAGUAGAACCGUAUGUGCGAUGUUGUGGAGGCUCAUCCCACGGUAGUUGGCGCAGAUUGUGUGAUCUCUCUUUUUGUGGAUUGGGCGGAGCACACUUAAAUUCCAAUCGUCGGGCAUGUUUUCGUCCAACCAAAGUCACACCUUCGAUAUAUAUCUCCCAACUGUAACAGAGGCGAGCUGUUACCAUUACGUCUCUGCAAUCGGCGCAAUAAUUGGAUAUCUAAUAUUAGGCGAGAAGGGUUCAGCAGGAAAAUUUUGAAACUUCAACAAAAUUAUGGAAAUAUAGAUAGAUGUGUCUAGGCACACAUCACAACUGAUAAGGCGACUUCGGUCAAGUACCAAGCAAACUUAUAAAAAUCUAAUAAAUACCACCAUAUAAUUAUUUCAUUUAUUGUUACUGUUAUUAUUACAUUGUUUAUUAUUACGGUUGUUUUUACGUUUUAUAAUUACAGUGAGUACAACUUCGCAGUGGCUGAGCCGUAAUAUCAAUUUUGAAGUUUAAACCUAAUACAAUUUCAGUCUCCUCCCCAAUCAUAUACAUACACACACACUCAUACAUUUACGCACACAUCCACACACAAAAUGCCACCCGCUUUAAUCAUUUUCCAUUAGCAAACGCGUUUCAUCAAAAUGUGCCUUUUCAGUUAUUGUUGUUGUUAUCAGCAGUUCAAAAUAAAUAUGCAUGAAAACACAAAAUCCAACAGAAAUAAAAAAUAUAAACUCAAAGAACUAAAAAUACAUACAUACACAGAAAAACACAUGGUGCAUACACAUGAGUAUGUAUGUAUGUAUGUAUAUAAAGUAGAACAAUACAAUGGCAAACUAUGAAAAAGCAAAAAGUGAAUUGACUAGCCUACGAGAAAUGCACUCACGCGCAUGCUUAAAUAAUACAAUUAAAUAUUUAUACAUAUGUACAAAUAUAUGUACAUACAUAUGUAGCGAAUGUACAUACAUAGACGAAGUUAGCAUUGCAAAUGGCACGCAGGUAGAAAAAUUUGCUAAGCAAAAUCCAAUAAAUGCAUUGAAAAAUAUUAAUAGAAUAAAAAUAAUGAAAGAAAUACGUAAAGAACGAAAAAAAUAAAAUAAAAUGAAGAUUUUCCCGUUAUAAUAAUAGUUUUCCCAUUAUUCUUGCUGUGGCUAAACCUUCAUGUUCGGAAUUCCAUCGAAGUAUUAUUCCGCAACAGCUGAACCUGGUAAAUACACCGAAAGUAAACGCGAAGGCGACGAAUGCAGAGUUCGUGAGUUCAAGCGGUAGGACCGCAAGAAGUGACUUUGUAUACAGAAUUAGUUUAAACUUCUACAUAUCCAAACUAAAUUCAGUAACCCCAAGGAAUGUCAAGUAUAAAAUGUGUGCGCCACAGAAAAACAACGCAGAAACUAUCUUCGUAAGCUCUUUCAACCCAAUCGAUAAACAUCAGCUUUCCCUCUCUCUGGUCCAACAUUAAUGAAAUUGAAUACAGUUUCUUGGUACUACUGUUAGAUGACUUCGAUGAGAACUAUCGAUUGUUGUGUUCCAGCAUAAGGCAGGCAAGCAAUUUAAAUAUUUAUAAAAAAAAGUAGUGCUUUUUACAAGCCAUGCCUUUAGAAGAAUAUAUUCAGUACUGUUUUGAAGACAGAUACCCCAAGUUAUACAAUAAAUAACAGCAAAGGCUCCAGGACUUCGAAGACUAGUUGGUUGGAUAUUGCAAAAUACUCGAAAUCAGGCAACCAAAAUAUUACUAUUUUGUCUAAUUUAUUUUAAUUUACUAAUUAUUUAUUAUUUAUUUAAUAUAUAAAAUUUUUGAAAUAUCCUUCGGAUACACCCAAGCAUUCGGAAUUCGUUAUAUUAGGGCAACUAAGAAGUUUCCGCCAUUGUUUCGGCAAUAGUAAAUAGUGUUUUGACAAGCAUUGUAAAACUACGGAUUGCUUAUCAGACAUGAAAUAUUUUCUCGUCAGCAUUUUAAAAAUGACCUGAAGCUUGCGAAAUCAAAUAUUGUAUUUUCUAUACAAUACUAGACCAAACAGCUGAUAGAGUUUUCGGGAUCAUUUGAAGUUUCAACAUUCGACUUUUGCUUUAAAGCGUGCUCUAAAUCUAACACAAGCUAGGAUAGAAUUGUUAUACAUAGUAGAAAAAAAUACAUUUCCUCUAAAUUUUACAAAAAAGGACUCACGAGAUGAUAUGAAAUUUUCCCAAAUUUAGACGAUCAUUAAAGAAACAGUACAAUAUGGAUGUCUGUUCAACAGUAUGAACAAGAAAAGCAUCGAAGUUUAUAAGUUUUAUAAUUUAUCCAUAAUUCGACGUUAGGUGAGGUUAGAUUAUACUGGCCGGCUAUCACGCCAUACAUAGACCUACUGAUCCUUAGUAAUGCCAGAUGGAAGUUCAGUUUAAUUUGAGCUGAAGAAAUCAUCACACAGGACGUCAAUUUAUUUGCGAAUUUUAGCGCGACUUGACUUCGUCCAGUAGUUUGAACUCCGAAGCUCCUAGAUACUUGAGUUUUGAUAGUGCUGACCAAAGACAAAGGCAUAGUUCCAGCGUCUCUCUCAUGCCAACUUCUCUGCACUUUCUGCAUGUAACGUUAUCACUUAUGCUCACUCGCCUCACAUGUGAUGACCAACAGCCGUCCGACAGUCCUUUCGAGUUCGCGUGAGUAAAAAGCAAGCGAGUUUUCCUAACGGUGCAAGAGAAGAUCUUGGCGAUCCUGCAUGUAUUUAAGGCAUUCCAUCUCGCCGUAUAAUAUGCAGUGGUUUUUUGAACAUGAGGAUUUAGCUAUGGUGAAUAAUGUUAUUCCUUAUACAAUAGCAUUUAUCAGUCAAUAAUAUUGUUCACUAAAAUAUUUCGAACCCAGAUACUUAUGUAUAUCCCUGUUACCCACCUCAGUAAGCUAAAAGCACAAAAUACUUUAUAAAACUCAAUUACUGGAUUGCUACUUUUUCCGAAAAAUAUUUAGUAACUAGAGAGAAUUAGCAUGGCUUUUUUUUUAACUUAAAAGGAAACAAUCCAUCUCCCGUCAUCCGUCAAACCACAACUACGAACUCCCACAAAUUGUCACUUUUCAAUAAAGCAAUUUAAUUAGAUUUUGAGUUAAGAACUAUUUACUAAAUUUUUUUUUUGAAAAAUAAUUAAAGUAAUUAAGGAAAUCUGCACGCUGACUGCAAUGAAAUCAGCUAAGGAAUAACUAGAAAAUUUAAAACACAAACUAAACAUUUGUUAAAACUAUUUUUAAGCAAAUAGAAGACGGUAAAAAUUUACGAUGCUUAUGAAAACUUGAAAACUAAAAUUAAAUAAACAUUUAAAAACAUAAUAAUAAUUAUACACAAUAAGAAACUAGAAACAAAAAUUAAAUAAAAAUACAAUUAUGUACCGUUAAAUUUUGUUAGUACACCUGAAUUGAAAAUAUAUACACAUUAAAAAAGAAAAAUUGAAAUAAAAACGCAACUAUUCAAUCGAAAGCAAAAGGGUAAAUAUUUAUAUGAAAUAAAAAUAUAAAAAAAAAUAAAAAAAAAAAUUUUAAAAAAAAAUUGAAAAGAUUAUAAACACAUUCGAAAUGCGAUCUUAUUGUACUAUCAUAGAUAAAACAAAACAAAAACAGAGAAACAAAAAUUUGAUUAAGCGCUAGAGCAUUACGAAUGGAGUACAGUGGUACGUUUCACCCUUAAACAAAACAUAAUAAACUAAAAAACAAAACACAAAUGAAUUAAUUAAAACACAUAAAAUGUAACUGUUCAAUCGAUAUACUAAAGAGAAAAAAUAUAUACGCGUCAAAAUGGAAAA